AUGAGGAACCUUCUCCUCCACCUGUUCUUGAUAUCCGUGCUCCUGCAGUGUUCUUUGGCUCCAGCAGGCAGCAGAUCAAAGAAGUCUGGACCUGUGCUGACUCUAAAGUUCGGCGCUUUGCGAGGACAUUACAGGGCAGUGAGAGGUACAGAGCAGCAGGUGGAGGAGUAUUUAGGAAUCCCGUUUGCUCAUCCACCUUUGGGGCCCUUGCGGUUCGCUGCCCCCCGCCCGGCUGAGCCCUGGGACGGGGUGAGGGAUGCCACUAAAAUGCUUAAAAUGUGUCUGCAGGAUGCAGCACCCGUGGAGGAAGCGUGGAGAACCUUCCCUGUGAAGUAUCCGUCAGUAGAAAUGUCAGAGGAUUGCCUUUACCUCAAUGUGUACAGACCAUCUGCAGAACCAACUACCGGUGAUGGUGUGGAUCCAUGGGGGCUGGCUUCAGGAGGGGCCUUCCAGUAUGAUGGAUCCCCACUGGCGGUUUACCAGAACGUGGUUGUGGUCGUUAUUCAGUAUCGACUCAGUAUUUUGGGAUUAUUGAGGUAUCAGACCGAAACGCACAUCUACGGAGUUUUCCUGAAAGGCCCACCUGAGGAUGUUUUAAAGAACCAAGAAUUCCAGAAAGUUCCUAUGCUGAUAGGAGUGACCAAUCAUGAGUUUGGAUGGAUGCUCCCACAGGCCUCAGGUUUAAAUGAGGUCAUGCUGAAUGAAUACCUGCAGCAGGACGACUCUCCGGAGAACGUGCGGGACGCUUUCACUGAGACACUCGGCGACAUGGUGCUCGCUCUCCCCGUUCUUAAAGUGUCUGCAUACCACGGAGAUGCGGGCGUGCCCGUGUAUGUCUACGAGUUUCAGCACAACGGGACGAGGCCAACUUCUGUCAGAGCUGACCACUAUGACGACGUUCCUCUUUUUGCACCGGGCACACUGUGGUUACAGGUACUUGAAACAGGAAGAUCCCUCAUACAUGGCUGCACCUGA